AUGGCUGAUUUUCAAGAACAGUUAAAACAAUAUCGCCUUAAAAAGCGAAGGAAAAAAACAAUUGAAAAUUUAAAAGAAAAAUUUUACAGAUUUUUAAUGUUUGGCACUGGUUCUCCUAAAGAAACUACAAUCGAUUUGCAACAGCCUUCAAAAAACCAUCCCGAACUUUUCGAAGAAAACUCGCACGAUGGCUCUUUGUCCUCCAGUGCGAACGAAUUUGUGGAAGAAAGCAGCAUUAUGCCCGAAACCGAAGACCAUUCAGGGGGGAACGUACUCAAGUAUACUCUUUGGACUGUAUAUCUUCUUUUUUGGAUAACUCUCUAUGUAAUAGCCAUUGAACUGAAGUUUGGAUUGGUUUAUCUUAUGUUUUCCGCACUGUUUGGUAUUUAUUUUAAUACGCGAACGGGCCCAAAAAAACAAAAUGAAAUUAGCGCAUACAGUGUUUUUAACAAAAAUUUUGAGAGUAUAGACGGUACACUGAAAGCAGAGCAAUUUGAACGUGAAAUUCGAUAUGGCUCGGGAAGUGUAAAAUAAAAUGAUUUAUUUUUAUAUGGA